AUGUUUGGAAACCCUCCAGGAAGCAAUAAUGCUCCAACAUAACAAUAAGGUAACCUAACUUCUUCAAUUUUCAACAACCCUGCACCUACCAACAACUUAUUUGGCCAAAAUCAAAAUCCCUUGGGAUAAUAGUAACAACCAUAAGGAAUUUUUGGAUAAUCACAAUAGUUCAAUACUUUUGGAAACAACAACCAAUAAUAAACUGGAAUAUUUGGAUAGCCUUAAUAACAAUAACCACUUUUAGGAUAAUAGCAAUAAACAUUAUUAACAGGAUAAUAGCCAUAAACAACUUCAUUAUUAGGAUAACCGCAAUAAUAAGUACCACAAUUAGGAUAAACCUAAUAAAACAAUUUACUUGGAUAACCACAAUAAUAACAACCCUUAGGUUUAGGAUAAUAACCAUAACAAACUCAACCAACUGCAUAAUAGCAACCUGCAUAACCCAAAAACUAUACAUUAAAUUAAAUUAAUUAACAAACUAAAUUACAUAUUGAAAACUUGACUAAAGCAAUAGCAAACAAAGAGAAGAUAGAUAAAAAUUAAAAGAAUUUAUAACUAAUUGAGAAAAACUCAUUGAAAAAUAUCUAGCAAUAAUAAUAGCCAGUUACUACACUUGGAAUAAAUUCCAAUCCAUAAUAAUAAGUGCAAAGAAUUUUAGUGAAAGGGGAUCGCAGAAAUCAUACAUAGAAGGUUGAAAAUUAUUAUAAUGAAUGGAAUAAAGUAUUUUUGAAUAUCAGCAAAAAAUAAGAUGAAACUCAUGCCUAAUUAAUUGCCCUAGUCGAUUAACUUACUUAAUAAGAUACAUCUUUUGGUAUUAUUGCUAUUACUAUAUAAUUAUAGAUAUAGAUGAAGAAUCACUCAUUGACUCCAUUAAAUAAUUGGGCAAGGAUUUGGAUGGCUUGGAACGUAAAAUCAAUUACGUAGUUAAGAUAUAAGAGAAAAUCCUAGGGUUGGAAAAGGAGGAGUCUGAAUGGGAUCAGAUUGUCAAUAAUUUAAGCGAAUGUUUGUUGCACUUGGAUUAAUAAACUGUAUAUACCAAUCUUAUUCUUAGAAAGAAGUGGAGGAUUUAUUGCUAUAAGCAGAAAAGCAUCCUAAAGUGCAAAAUAAAUGA